UCAGAAGGCUGCGCCGCGCUGUGAUUCGGCUGAAGAAAGGUUUGUGUUUUCAGCAUUGACGGUGUUUAAAUCGAUACAGAGCGUUCAGUCUAUUUUAUUGUUUUUACAAGCGCUGUUAAAUGAAUUAAAUUUAAUUGAAUGUAACGUUUUAGUGAUUUAUCUAGCGUUAAUGCACAUUAUUUUUGUGAGUAAAGCGCAUCCACACGAGUAACAGAAAAGGAUAAAGUGUCCAAACACAGAAAAACUGAGAGCAACUAAGAUCCACGUGACACACUAUUAUAGAGAUGGCGUUUAUUAAAGAGGAGAGUGAAGAUGUGAAGAUUGAAGAAACAUUCAGAGUCAAACAAGAAGAUACUGAAGAACAAACAAAGAUUGUGCUUAUUAAAGAGGAGAGUAAAGACAUGAGUAAUGAAGAAGCUUUCGGAGUUCAACAUGAAGAUACUGAGGAACAAACAGAGAUGGUGUUUAUUAAAGAGGAGAGUGAAGACACAAGUAAUGAAGCUUUUGGAUUCCAACAUGAAGAUACUGAGACACAAACAGAGAUGGUGUUUAUUAAAGAGGAGAGUGAAGACACAAGUAAUGAAGCUUUCGGAUUCCAAAAUGAAGAUACUGAGACACAAACAGAGAUGGUGAUUAUUAAAGAGGAGAGUGAAGACAUGAGUAAUGAAGAAGCUUUCGGAGUCCAACGUGAAGAUACUGAGGAACAAACAGACCUAAUAAAACUGAAAGAGGAGAAAGUAGUACUUAAAGAAAAUGAAGAGGAAGAUCAAUAUGACAAGCAUGAUUUUAUAACAGGAGAAAAAUCUUUUUGUUGCUCUCAGACUGAAAAGACUUCCACACGAAAAAGAGCAAGUUAUUUUAAUUGCAUGCGGUUUGGAAAGAGUUUCACUCAACAAGGAAACCCUAAAGACCACAUAAGAAUUCACACUGGAAAUAAGACUUUCACAUGCGAACAAUGUGGAAAAAGUUUCAAUCAAAAAGGAAACUUCAACAAGCACAUGAGAGUUCACACUGGAGAGAAGCCUUUCACAUGCCCUCAGUGUGGACACAGUUUUGCUCAAAAAGCACACCUUACUGUUCAUAUGAGACUUCACACUAGAGAGAACCUUUACACAUGCCCUCAGUGUGGAAAGAGUUAUGCUCAACAAGGAAACCUUAAAGUCCACAUAAGAAUUCACACUGGAGAGGAUCCUUACUCUUGUCCUCAGUGUGGAAAAAGUUUCAGUCAACAUGCAUACCUCAAAAUCCACAUGAAAAUACACAACGGAGAGAGGCCCUUUUCCUGCCAGCUGUGUGGAAAAAGCUUCACUCGUAAUAUAGGUCUUAAAAGGCACAUGACUAUUCACACUGGCGAAAAGCCUUACACAUGCCCUCAGUGUGGAAAAAGCUUCUGUCAGCAUGGAAACCUUACAGUCCACAUGAGAAUUCACAAUGGAGAGAGUCCCUUCACGUGCCAGCAGUGUGGACAAAGUUUCAAUCAUAAAGUUAGCCUUAACAGGCACUUUAAAACUCACACUGGAGAAAAGCGUUAGAGAUGCCAAAAGAGUGGAGAGUGUGCUUUGCCCCUCAUGUAGAAUUUUCCAUGAAUUUACACUGGAGAGAACUUUCACCUGCCAACAGUGUAAAAAUGUUUAAACUGAAAGGGAAACCUUAAGUAACACAUGACAGUUGCCUCGAAAGAACCAUUUUAAAUGUCAUUAAUGUGGGUUAUUUUUUUACAGACAAGUAGAACAUCUGUAAAGUUGCUUUUACACUUCAUAUUAACAUGCAAUCAGGACACAGCAUGUUUACACUUGGCAACAUCAAGUGACUUCUCUAUCUGGAUAACCAAUUCCAGCUCAAUAUUUAAAUAAUCUUACACCGGACGCGAGUGGCAUGGUGCGAUGAAAUACUUUAGAAACCAUUAAAUUCUAAUCAGUGAUGCCAUCUACACUGGAUGUGGUGUGGCACGACACGACACGUCAAAUCCCCGACAGUAAACUGUUGCUUCGUUCUGUUUUAUGAUGUACUGACACAAAGUUAAAAUGAUUUGCAACAGGCACUUUAUUGCAUCUAGUGUAGACAGAUUCACGCUGUUGUGGUGCGGCACAACAUCUGUUAUGACCGGUGUAGACAGUGUUAAGUGUACGAAUCUCACUAACGCUCCACGGCCUGGUGUCCUCAAUCUUUCUUCUGGCAGUUCGGUAGGGGGGCGGGGUUUUGCGUGACGUCUACCUGCGAAUGCAGACACGAUGGCUGGAUUUACAUUACACUGAGAUCCAAUCACAAUGCUUCAUCGAAUACCUCUGGACCAGGACACACUGAUCAGAUUUUGAUCAGAAGCAUAUGUACAUUUGUCUUUUCAAUGUGUAUGUGGACAACAUCCAGAUACGGGUCACAUGUUAAUGCCAAGUGUAGUAAAUGCAGCCACUGACACAGGUACUGAACUGAAUUGUAUCAAAACUGAAGUGAUUCUAACUGAAUAACCACAUUUUGUCUUUCGUAGAAUUUUUUUUUUUUUUAACCUGAAUUGGCCUUAGGGUUUUUUUCUUAGCUCUUUAAAAGUUGACUAACUUGACUUGUCGUGGAAAUUCCUAAAACUAAUCUGACUUCACUAUUGACAAUUCAAACAACCACCUUUUGUCAAUAUAACUGUGUUGUCAAAAGUAUAAUCAUCGGUACCAAGAGCAUUUUGAGUGCUGUUGAGCUGAGUCUUAAAUAUCUGUUAUUGGCCAUUGUGUUCACGCAUUUAACAGAUAUGUCUGUGAUUUGGCUACAGUGACCAUCGCUUCAAAAUCAUUGUAAAUACACAUCUUAAUAAUCAAAUACGCAUGCUCUUUACUGAAUGUUUACACAGAUACACAUGGGAGUGUUUUAAAGCAGGCGUCUAUUAGUGGAUCUGUCUGUGAGCAGAUAUGUUAUUCAGUCUAACGUGAAGUUAAAAGCAGUUUAAAUAUAAAAAAUUAAGUAAACCUAUUUUUAUUAUUAAUUAAAAAUUUUCGUGAUACAAUCGGUGGACAAAAAGAAAUAGCUAAAAAGUAACAGUAAUAAAAAUAAAAAGCAUGACAAGUAAAAAUGGAAGUAGUAAAAUAAAUAUAUAAAUACAUACUAUCAGCAGAUAACAAUGGAAAAUUAGGAAAUACUAAGACAAACAAAGUUAUGUCCACUUAAAACUGAUUUCUAAAUAUCAGUGUAAAAGUAAAUCUAUAAGUUUGAAUGAAAAGGGUUAAACAGACAAUUUAAGAUUUUGCUAAUUUUGUAUUUAUGAUAAAAAGGGCUUCCAGAUUUUGGAGAAUGAUUUGUUGGGCCAGUGAAGAGAAUUGAUUAAUGAAAAUAUAUUUUAAUGAAAUAUAAGGCACCUUUAAUCCACCGAGACUGUGAUGGAAGAUGGGAGUUUUUCCAAUUAUUUAAGCAAAAUUCUUUGUCUGACCAGCAAUUUGAGAAAAGCAAUAAAAUUAGUAAAAAAGCCGGGUAUAAAAUAAUCAUCAGGCAGGAAACCAAACAGUUCAAUGAGGGGUAAGGGUUGAAUAUUUGAAGAGGAAAUAACUGAGAGAGAAUUGAAAAAGACAACCAAAAUGAGAAGGCAGGGCAAGACCAAAACAUGUAUUAGAGUGGCAGGACCAGAAUGGCAUCAUCACAUUCUGGGUCAAUGGCAGGAUUAAUAUGGGCCAGUCUAUUUUUAGACGAAUGUGCUCUGUCGACAACUAUACAUUAUAUCACUCCAUGAUGAACACAAAUAGAAAAGGAAUAAACCAGAUUGAGAAGUUCUGCCCAAGUGAGUCGAAAGAUGUAGACUGAAAAGAGAAGACUGCACUGUACAACUUUGAAAUGGACCCCCUUUGACAUGAAUUGACACUUAGAAUCCUAUCUACCGCUGAGGGUGAAGGUUUUCCUGGAAAUUUAGGAAUUUGUUUUUGUAUGAGAUCUCAAACCUGUAAAUAAUACUAAAAAGAAUUUUUAGGAACGUUAAGAGAAUAAAUUAACUGUGAGAAAGGCACAAAAAUAUCAUCAAUAUAGAAGUCUGCAAAAGAGACAAGACCACCCUUCUAAAAGGCAAAUGCUCCAAC